CUGAGAUCACUGCUCGAUGUCAUCUGAAAGAGACAGCAGCAUGAGUGAAAGUGUGUUUGUGUGUGUGUGUUUCUCACACACUAGAUCGGAUUUACAGGAAUCAGCUGAUCCGAAUGUUUAAUUACUUUACAGUUGUUGACCCAUUCACACGUCUGUGACGGGCCUGGAGUCAAACUCAGGAUGGAUGAUCUGUCGGUUAAUAUUUCCAUCUUCAGCGGGGAUGGAUCGGACCCCCCCUCCGUCCCACCCAGCAUGUCAAUUGACAAACUCCUCCCAGCCCUGCUCGAAUGUUUCGGGAUAAUUCUCUGCGGAUACGUCGCAGGCCGUACAAACAUCAUCCCAUCUACACAAGCCAAAGGACUGGGCAGCUUUGUGUCCAAGUUUGCGCUUCCAGCUCUGCUCUUCAAAAACAUGGUGCUGCUGGACUUUGGGGACGUAAUCUGGCCAUUUUUCUUUAGUAUUCUGGUGGCAAAAGUGACUGUGUUUUUUUUUGUGUGUGUACUCACACUUUUGGUGGCAAACAGAGAGAGUCGUUUCUCCAAAGCUGGCCUGUUCUCGAUAUUUGCCACACAGAGUAAUGACUUUGCUCUGGGGUACCCUAUAGUUGAAGCUCUGUAUCGCAACACCCAUCCUGAGUACCUUCAGUACAUCUACCUGGUAGCUCCCGUCUCCCUCAUGGUCCUAAACCCGCUAGGCUUUGCAUUCUGUGAGGUGCAGAGGUGGAGAAAUGGGGAACUUCACCAGCAGAGUAAGCUGCGAGUUCUGGGUCUGGUGGUCCUUCAAGUUGUCAAAAACCCCAUUGUCUUUAUGGUGGUGAUCGGGCUCAUUUCUCACUUUCUGCUGGGCCAGAAGAUCCCGCCCUUCAUGGAGGAGUUUGUAGAUGGUCUGGCAAACUCUUUCGGGGGAGCAGCUCUGUUUUAUCUGGGUCUGUCCAUGGUGGGUCAGCUGAAAAAACUUACCCGCUCUACUGUGGUAGCCCUGAUUCUCCUCAUCACGGCAAAACUGCUGAUGAUGCCUCUGAUCUGUAGAGGGAUGGUUGAGGUUUUGGACUGUGGAAACAACAGAAGCUCACUGAACCACACCAGUUUGUCAAACUACGCCUUUCUGUAUGGAGUCUUUCCCACUGCCCCUAGUGUGGCCAUAUACGCAGCGCAGUACAACAUGGAGCUGGAGGUGGUGACCUCGGGCAUGGUGAUCGGCACGUUCCUGUCGGCUCCCAUCAUGUACGUGUCGGCCUGGCUGCUGACCAUUCCCUGGAUGGACUCGGCGCCGCUGGCGUCAGCACUGCAGAACGUUAGCUUCAACAUCAGCAUUAUCUGCCUUUUUGCUUUGGUGUGGAGCGUUGCAGUCAUGCUACUGAGCAGAAAGUUUCACAGAGUUCCUCACAUGUUCACCAUAAACCUCUUUGUGGCGCAGUUAUUAGCCUGUGUUGGUAUGAUAGCGUGGAAAAUCGUGGCGGCACAGAAUAACUUCCUGGGUCAGGUGUUGACCUUUACUCUACUGUACACUUCUCUCUACAGCACCUAUAUGUGGCCUGGUCUGAUCGCUCUGUCUCUGCUGCUCAUGAGGAGACGUGAGGAGAUGAGCUUCAGGCCAGGGCUCACUGUGAUCACUGGCUGGGGUUUACCUGUUCUGGCUGUGAGUGUCCUCCUCCUGACAGGGCAAAGAAUGCCAGACACCAUCGACUCCGCAUUCUUUUAUGGAAAGACGCAGGUGCUGUGCUCAUCUGUGGUGUUACUCGUGAGUAUCAUGCUGUGCGGGAUCUCUCUCGCACUGCUCAGCAGACGAACGCGAGACUAUCACACACUCGAGCAUGGAUCAGUCUCUGGCAGUGAGGAGGAUGUGAGGCUUCCCUGCGACACAGACACACAGAGCUCUGUUGAGCCGCCCUGUGCUGUAGGCAGCAUCAACACAGAUUGUCAGAUGUGUGAGUGCGCAAGUGACCGUGAGCAGAGCAUGCCUGAUGUGACAAGCCCCAAAGAGGAAGCGUCCAUACACACAGGUCAGUGUAGCCAGCAGUGCUCACCCUCAAGCUGUUUGCUGGCUGAAGAGGAACAGAAAGAAGCGGAUAGACAGAACACAGAUAUACAGUCGACGAGACACGUGCUGGUGUGUCUGUUACUGACCGUCUGUCUCCUCGCUAAUCUCUCCAGCUGUCUGUGGUGGCUCUUUAAUACAGAUCCAGGACAGCUGUAUGUGGAGUUGCAGUUCUUCUGUGUCGUGGCCAAUUUCGGGCAGGGUCUCAUUUCAUUCGCAUUUUUUGGCCUUGACAAGCAUUUAAUUAUCUCUCCGUUCAAAAAAAGGUUAGCGAGCCUGUGGCGGGGUUGGGGUCAGGAGGUCAGCGGCUCCGUGGCGUCUGAGGAGAUCAGACUGACCUGCAGUCAGUUCCUUACAUAUCAUAAGCAGCAGUGCGUCAGAGACAUUGUUCACAAGAAAAGGUGUGGAGAGAAAAGCACCGCUGAGACGUUCCUGGGCAGUGAGAUGGUCUGCUGGCUGCAGAGCGUGGGAUUGGCCGCUGACCCGGGCGAGGCUUUAGCGUACGGCUCUCGUCUGCUCGAGGGCCGAGUCAUUCAGCACAUCAGCCUCGAGUUCGGCUUCCUGGAUGAGGCCUUGCACUACCGCUUCACAUAGACUCAGACCGCUUCCAAGGCUGCUGAUGGAUGGACAGUGGUUCAUUUUAGGGCACAUUUAAAGGGAUAGUUCACCUAAGAAAAGAAAAUUAGCCCAUGGUUUACUCGCCCUCAAGCCAUUCUAGGUGUAUAUGACUUUCUUCUUUCAGACGAAUA